AUGGCCGAUGAAAGAGUCUCAGCUGCAGCUCAGGUCCAGCCAGCUCUGUCCUGGACCAUGUUUCUGAUUCGGGAAGAGGACAAGAGCCCUCCACCAUCCUCGCCCCCUCCCCUUUUUUCUGUCAUCCCAGGGGGCUUCAAGCAGCUGGUCCGGGAGACUGAGAAAGAGUCCAAGGAGGCAAGGCGGAGGAAGCAGGCAGCACUUGCCUCUCCGGAACGGGAGACCCCAGAGAUUUCCACCAGCCAACCCAACAGUGUCACCAAAUCUGGAAGCCAGCAAAUCUCCCAGAACGAACAGUCAGGCUCUCCCCAGAGCUCAAACAUUCUGGACAAGAAGGGCGAGGGGGCCGGCAGCAUGGACCCCGUGCUGAUGACCAGCAUCAAUGGCGAGAAGCCCCAGGAGUCCGGCCCCAGUGGGACACCAGCCAAAAAAAGCCUGCCCUUCAGGAGAGGUGUGAGGAGGGGCGACGUGUUGCUGAUGGUGGCCAAGCUGGACCCGGACUCAGCCAAGUCGGAGCAGAGGACUCAGUCACGUGAUGCCCCUCCUCGAAAGACCCCACCCCCAGCCACAGACCCUGGAGGGGGCAAGAAAGGGGAGACCCCAGGAACUCCUCAUGGCCCCCAGGCCAGCACCGAGGAUGCAUCCCCAAAGGCUGAGAAGACCCAGACUGAGGGUCUCAGGGAUCUGGGAACUGUGCCACUGACAAAAGGCGAGAAGGAUGAAGUGGGGAAAGGGGGUGGGGCCCCCCAAACCCAAGGGGUGAAAGGGGGUGAGCCCCAGGGCAAAGAGGGGCCAGGUGAGGGGGGGCAGCCAGGGACAGUGGAGAAAGCGGGAGGGGACCUUUCAAACAAGGUGGCCAAGGGGAAUCUCUCCAAGGAUGCAGCAGGUGAAGGGAAGUGGGCGGGAGCCCAAACCCAGGUGAGAAAGUGGGGAGCUUCCCUGGGCAGAAGGAGCAAGUGGGAAGGUCCCCAGAGUAGGAAGGACAAAGAAGGGGUCCUAAGUCAGGCAGACAAGACACACGGACUUCAGAGCAAGGCAGAGAAGGCGGGCGCAGUGCAGGGAAAGGGUGGAAAGUUGGGGGAGGCUCCCCGAGCCGUGGAGAAAGCAGGUGAGCGGCAGAGCUUGACUGGAAAGGCAGGUGAGCCCCAGGGUGAGGUGGGAAAGGUGGGGCAAGCUCAGAGUGAGUCUGGGGAGGCAGGUAAAGCCAGGAGUAAGACAGAGAAGGGCUCUAAAGCUCCCAAGGAGGUGGAUGCACAUGAGCAGCCCCGGGCAGCAACCGGCAAGGAGGACAAGGCGGGGAGCAGAGAGCAGGAAGCAGAAGGGACCUGCACUAGAGCAGGUGAUGGGGCCAGGGCCCUAGGGGUGGAGCCAGAAGGACCAAGGCAGCCUGGUCUGGAGAGCCCUGCGGGAAGGCAGCAGGGGCAGGAGGAGAGCCCUGCGGAGAGGCUGCAGGAGGCGAGCAGAGGAGGCCAGAGUGCAGUCUUGGACCAGGCUCCUGAGGACAGGUGGUACGAGGCAGAGAAAGUCUGGCUGGUUCAGAAGGAUGGAUUUACUCUUGCUACGGUGCUGAAGCCAGAUGAAGGAACAGCCGACCUGCCAGCAGGAAGGGUGCGACUUUGCAUCGAUGCUGACAGGAGCAUCACCGAGGUGGAUGAAGAUCAUGUUCAUCGGGCGAAUCCCCCAGAGCUCGACCAGGCUGAGGACCUGGCCUCCCUGGUCAGUGUCAACGAAUCCAGUGUCCUGAACACGCUUCUGCACCGCUACCGGGCUCAGCUGCCGCACACCUAUGCCGGGCCAGACCUGAUUGUCCUCCAGCCCCAGGGGCCCACAGCGCCCUCUUCAGGCAAGGUGCCCAGGGGCCGGCGGGAUGGCUUGCCUGCUCACAUUGGCUCCCUGGCCCAGCGGGCGUACUGGGCUCUGCUGAGCCAGCGGAGAGACCAGAGCAUCGUGACCCUGGGCAGGAGUGGCGCUGGCAAGACCACCUGCUGCGAGCAGAUCCUGGAGCACCUGGUGGGGCUGGCGGGCAGUGUGGAUGGCAGGGUCUCAGUGGAAAAGAUUCGAGCCACCUUCACUGUCCUCCGGGCUUUUGGCUCCGUGUCCACUGGCCACAGCCGUGGUGCCACCCGGUUUGCCAUGGUGAUGUCGCUGGACUUCAAUGCCACAGGCCGAGUCACGGCCGCUCAGCUCCAGACCAUGCUUUUGGAGAAGAGUCGUGUGGCCCGGCAGCCAGAAGGGGAAGGCAACUUUGAGGUUUUCUCCCAGAUGCUGGCUGGAUUGGAUCUGGAUCUCAGGACAGAGCUGUACCUGAACCAGAUGGCAGACAGCAGCUCCUUUGGCAUGGGCACGUGGUCUAAGCCUGAAGAUAAGCAGAGGGCGGCGGCCGCCUUCGCCCAGCUCCAGGGCGCCAUGGAGACGCUGGGCAUUUCGGAGAGCGAGCAGAGAGCCAUUUGGCGGGUGUUGGUAGCCAUCUACCACCUGGGCGCGGCGGGGGCCUGUAAAGUGGGCCGGAAGCAGUUCAUGCGCUUUGAGUGGGCCAACCACGCAGCUGAGGCCCUAGGCUGUGAGUACGAGGAGCUGAACACAGCCACCUUCAAACACCACCUGCGACAGAUCAUUGAGCAAGUGACGGCUGGGCCGAGCCGACGGGGCCCGGAGGAUGAGGAGACCAGCUCAGGGCUCAAGAUGACAGGCGUGGAGUGUGUGGAGGGCAUGGCCUCAGGCCUGUACCAGGAGGUCUUUGCUGCUGUGGUCUCGCUCAUCAACAGAUCCUUCUCCUCCCACCACCUCUCCAUGGCCUCCAUCAUGGUGGUGGAUUCCCCAGGCUUCCAGAAUCCCCGGCACCAGGGCAAAGACCGGGCUGCCACCUUCGAGGAGCUGUGCCACAAUUACGCUCAUGAGCGCUUGCAGCUGCUUUUCUACCAGCGGACCUUUGUCUCGACAUUGGAGCGAUACCGGGAGGAAGGUGUUCCUGUGCCGUUCGAUCUCCCGGAGACGUCCCCGGGGACCACAGUGGCUGUUGUGGAUCAGAGUCCUUCACAGGUCCACUUACCAGCCAGAGAAGGUGCUGAGGACACCAGGGGCCUUUUCUGGGUUCUGGAUGAGGAGGUCCGGGUGGAGGGCUCCAGUGAUGCCGUGGUGCUUGGGCGCCUCUGUGCCUCCUUUGAGAAGAAAGGAGCUGGAGCUGAAGAGACCUCUGCCCUCCGGUCCUGUGAGCAGCCCCUCCAGUGCGAGAUUGCCCACCAGCUGGGACACGACCCCGUGCGCUACGACCUCACUGGCUGGCUCCACAGGGCCAAGCCCAACCUCUCGGCUCUGGAUGCCCCCCAGGUCCUGCUGCAAUCAAAGAGGGAGGAGCUGAGGGGACUGUUCCAGGCACGGGCCAAGCUGUCCCCCGUGUGCCGGGCCAUAGCCGGCCUGGAGGGCACCUCCCAGCAGGCCCAGCAGAGGAGCUGUGCUGUCAGGAGGACGUUUGCCAGCAGCUUUGCCGCGGUGAAGAGGAAAGCCCCAUGCUCCCAGAUCAAGCUGCAAAUGGACGCAUUGAUCAGCGUGAUCAGACGGUCUCAGUUACACUUCAUCCACUGCCUGGUGCCAAGCCCUGCAGUGGAAAGCAGAGGUGGGCAGGGGUCUCCGACUCCACCGCAGCCUGGUGGAGACAAGCCUGGGGCAGGUGGGUCCCCGCCCUUGGACAUCCCGGCACUGAGGGUGCAGCUUGCAGGGUCCUACAUCCUGGAGGCACUGCGUCUACACAGGGCAGGCUACGCUGACCACAUGGGGCUCACUCAGUUCCGUCGAAGAUUCCAGGCACUGGACCCUCUGCUCACCAAGAAGCUCAUGUCUGCCCCGGAGGGAGUAGACGAGAGGAAGGCGGUGGCCGAGCUCCUGCAGACCCUGGAUCUGGAGAAGAGGGCGGUGGCCGUGGGGCACAGCCAGGUUUUCCUCAAAGCGGGUGUGAUCUCCAGGCUGGAGAAGCAGCGGGAGAAGCUGGUGUCUCACAGCAUGAUCUUGUUCCAGGCAGCCUGCAAGGGCUUUCUGUCUCGCCAGGAAUUCAAGAAGCUGAAGAUUCACCGCCUGGCUGCGUGCUGCAUCCAGAGGAACAUGGCUGUGUUCCUGGCAGUCAAGGACUGGCCGUGGUGGCAGCUCUUUGGUUCCCUUCGGCCCCUGCUGAGUGCCACCAUCGGGGAGGAGCAGCUCCAUGCCAAGGAGGAGGAGCUUAUAACGCUGAGACAGAAGCUAGAGAAGUCGGAGAAGUCCCGAAAUGAACUCCGGCAGAAUGCAGACCUGCUAGAGAGCAAGAUUGCUGCGUUGACCACAGAGCUGGCUGAUGAGCGCUUCAAAGGGGACAUGGCCUGCCAGGUGCUGGAGAGUGAGCGGGCAGAGCGGCUGCGGGCCUCCAGGGAGGUCCAGGAGCUAAAGAGCAAGUAUGAGCAAGUCCAGAAGAGUUUGGGAGAAGUAGAGAAGCAGUUGGAAGAAGCCCAGCAGAAAAUUCAGUUGAAUGACUUGGAAAGGAAUCACACUGGAGGAGGAGGAGAUGAGUGGCAGCUGCGCUUCGACUGUGCUCAGAUGGAGAACGAGUUUCUCAGGAAGCGUCUCCAGCAGUCCGAGGAGAGGCUGGACUCGGAGCUGACAUCUAGGAAAGAGCUGGAGCAGAAGCUCGGGGAGCUGCAGAGGGCUUAUGAUGGGGCCAAGACAGCAGCUCAGCAGCUGAAGAGGAAGUGCCUCCGUCUGACCUGUGACCUGGAGGACACCCGCUUCUUGCUGGAGAGCCAGCAGAGCCGAAACCGCGAGCUGGAGAGGAAGCAGAAGAAGUUUGACGCACAGCUGGCCCAGGCCCUGGGGGAGUCGGUGUUUGAGAAGGGUCUCCGCGAGAGAUUGGCCCAGGAGAACACCAGCGUCCGGUGCGAGCUGGGCAGCCUUCAGCAGCACUUGAAGCAAAAGGAGCAAGAAACCUUGCAGUUGAAGCAGGAGGUGGAGAUGCUGCAGGCCCAUAAGCAGGAGCUGCUGGCCUCGCCCUCUCUGGGGGAAAAUGGCAUCGCUGGCUUGAAGGAGAGGCUCUGGAAGCUGGAGUCCAGCGCUCUUGAGCGAGAGAAAAUCCAGAACCAGCAGGAAAAUACCAUCAAGCAGCUGGAACAGCUCCGCCAGCGGUUUGAGCUGGAGAUCGAGCGGAUGAAGCAGCUGCACCAGAAGGACCGCGAGGACAAGGAGGAGGAGCUGGAGGAUGUGCGCCAGUCCUGCCAGAAGCGGCUCCACCAGCUGGAGAUGCAGCUGGAGCAGGAAUAUGAGGAGAAGCAGUUGGUCCUCCAUGAGAAGCAGGACCUAGAAGGCUUGAUCGGGACCCUGUGCGAUCAGAUUGGCCAUCGGGACUUUGAUGUGGAGAAGCGUCUUCGGAGGGACCUGAGAAGGACUCACGCGCUCUUGUCAGAUGUACAGCUCCUACUGGGGACCAUGGAGGAUAGCAAGACGUCGGUCAGCAAGGAGGAGCUGGAGAAGGUGCAGAGCCAGCUGGAGCAGAGUGAAGCCAAGUGUGAAGAUGCCUUGAAGACCCAGAAGGCGCUGACAGCUGACCUGGAGAGCAUGCACAGCGAGCUGGAGAGCAUGACCCGCAGCAAGAGCCUGGUGGAUGAGCAGCUGUACCGGCUGCAGUUUGAGAGGGCGGACCUCCUGAAGCGCAUCGACGAGGACCAGGAUGACCUGAACGACCUCAUGCAGAAGCACAAGGACCUCAUUGCUCAGUCUGCUGCUGACAUUGGGCAGAUCCAAGAACUGCAGCUGCAGCUGGAGGAGGCCCAGAAGGAGAAGCACAAGCUUCAAGAACAACUGCAGGUGGCUCAGAUGCGCAUUGAGUACCUGGAGCAGUCCACUGUGGACCGAGCCAUCGUCAGCAGGCAGGAGGCCGUCAUCUGUGACCUGGAGAACAAGACGGAGUUCCAGAAAGUGCAGAUCAAGCGAUUUGAGGUCUUGGUGAUCCGGCUUCGGGACAGCCUGAUCAAGAUGGGCGAGGAGCUCUCCCAGGUGGCCACAGCCGAGUCCCAGCAGCGGGAGAACAGCCAAUAUUACCAGCGGCGCCUGGAGGAGCUGAAGGCGGACAUGGAAGAGCUGGUACAGAGGGAGGCUGAGGCCAGCCGGCGGUGCGUGGAGCUGGAGAAGUAUGUGGAAGAGCUCGCGGCAGUGAGGCAGACUCUCCAGACAGACCUGGAGACGUCCAUCCGGCGGAUCGCUGAUCUGCAGGCAGCCUUGGAAGAGGUGGCGUCCAGCGACAGUGACACGGAGAGUGUCCAGACAGCAGUGGACUGUGGUGGCAGUGGAAGAAAAGAGAUAGAUAACGUCUCCAUCCUCAGCUCCCAGCCAGAGGGCAGUCUGCAGUCCUGGUUGAGUUGUACUCUGUCCCUGGCCACAGACACCGCAAGGACCCCAUCUCGACAGUCAGCCAUCAGCAGCCGUAUCCUCAGCCCCAGGAUGCACAAGGAGGCUGGCGAUGCUGAGCGGGCCCAGCGGGCUUCUCCUCGGAGUGGGGCCCGGGACGUCCACGGCAGGACCUCAGGGGACAAGGCCGCUUCUCCCCUCUCCCUCCGCCGGGGAAAGCCCUGCCACUUCGGGGACGGCGAAGAGUGUGGCGUCCAGACAAAGCCCCCAGGGAGAGCAGGAACGCCGUCCUCCUCCCUGGCUUCCCAGAGCAGAGACGCAUCCCCGCUGUCCAGGGACAAGCUGCCAAGUCCCUCCGCAGCCCUGUCAGAGUUCGUGGAGGGGCUUCGGCGGAAGAGAGCGCAGAGGGGCCAGGGCUCGCCGCUGGGCCUGGAGGACUGGCCCACCCUCCCCAUCUACCAGACCACCGGGGCGUCCACACUGAGGAGGGCCAGGGCGGGCAGUGACGAGGGAGCCCUCUCGCUGAGGUCUGGGGCGCCGUCACCCUUGGGCGCAGAGGGUGCCGCCGGGACGUCGGCUGGGCUCCUGCGGUCCACCAGUCUGAAAUGCAUCUCUUCCGAGAGCGCGGGCGGCCCCACCCCUCUGCCUGAGAAGCUGAAGACCCGCUUCAGUUCCUGCGAGUCCCUCCUAGAACCUGGGGCGGGCGCGAGAAGGAAAUCGAGCUCCCCGUCCGCGCUCAGGGACUCAUUCUUGUCGCCCACACUGCGCCCUCGACGGCGCUGUCUGGAGUCUUCCUUGGACGACGCCGGCUGUCCGGACCUCGGGAAGGAGCCGCUGGUCUUCCAGAACCGCCAGUUCGCCCACCUGAUGGGGGACCCCCUGGACAGCGACCCGUUCAGCUGGAAGCUCCCAAGCCUCAACUACGAACGUAAAACCAAAGUGGAUUUUGAUGACUUCCUCCCUGCCAUCCGGAAGCCCGAGACUCCCACGUCCUUGGCCGGAGCUGCCAAAGAUGGGCGAGACAGUUCACAGCAUUCAAGCGUCCACUUUGAGACAGAAGAGGCCGACAGGGGCUUUCUGUCAGGGAUAACCACCAUUUUGAAAAAGAGCCCAGAGCUCAAGGAGGACCCCGCUCACUUCUCUGACUCAUCCUCCUCCUCCAGCUCCAUCGUGUCUUUCAAAAGCGCUGACAGCAUCAAGAGUCGGCCGAGAAUCCCCCGAGUGGAGGGCGAUGGUGGGGAGCAAACGUCCCUGGAGAACAGAGAGCUGGGAGCAAGGAGGAAAGACGAGGAUGUUGAGAGCAUCAUGAAGAAAUACCUGCAGAAGUAGGAACCAGCUCAGCCUCCUGUGAUGCGCUGCCCUCCAAGACUUCUCAACUCCACGACUGUCCGGAGAGAGAGAGACUGAGACUGGCCAGGCCUCCUCAGAGGCCCUGAGUCCAGAGCCAGCUCGGCCACCCUCCAGGGGCCAGCAGGGCCCAGCAGAGGCAUAUCCCAUGGACAUGGGGCUUCCAAUGUGCUAGGUCUGUACCAAAUAAAGUGUUGGCUACUUGGCA